AUGAGCGCCGCUCAGCGCGCAUACAUAGCCAAGUCCGCUCCUCACCUCUUGGACGAAGUCACCCCAGAAACCACCUCGGGACGCCCGUCUUCCGCCACGCCGCAAUCAGGCAGCGCUUCUCCUGCUGCAUCAGUCUCUCCAGCGAGCUCUGGCAGAACAAGUCCGGCUUCAGAUGCAGACGCGGAUGGCCUGCCUCGCGAGAGCCUCGCGGCUGACACUUUCCCUCACGAAAGGCGCGCUUCGGGAACACCGGGAGGCACACCGAGCGGUCUGAGCGGAAUUUCAGCCGCAAACAACUCCAGCUCUCACACUGUGCCGCCUGGAUUCAGAGGACCUGUGCCCAAGGAUGGAGAUGCCGAAGAGAUCAUCCCGCAUCCUCCACUCCUGCCCACCAUCGGCAGCGCCACCCUUUUCAGCCCAACCAACACACCUCUGAAUCGCAACGGCUGGCGCUACACACCCGCCGGGCCAGCUUCCUCCCUCUUGCCCCAGACCGUCUACCGCACUCUGGAACAAGAGCCUGCAGGGGUGCAUUGGAGCUGGGCAGAUCGUAGUGCCUUCACCAAGAUGAGCGCCGACGCCGAUGUGGUUUCUGCCGACAAGGGAUUCAGAUCUGCAAGGGCCAACGUUCCGGUCAGACAUGGAGCAUGGUAUGUUGAGGUUCACAUUCUAGAACCGGAGGUGCUUGUGCAAGGCGUGGGCGCCUUGGGCGCUCUUCCCGCUCCCUCGCGUGAUGGACCUCACGUUCGCCUUGGUUGGGCUAGGCGCGAGGCACCAUUGAAUGCCCCAGCAGGGUUCGACGGCUACUCGUACGGCUACAGGUCCGCAACUGGCGAGAGAGUAUGGCUUUCUCGGCCCGGCGCCUACGGCAAGCCUUUUGGGCCUGGCGAUGUGGUUGGCCUCUGGAUCCGUCUGCCAAUGCCGGAUCAGCACAACGAAGAUCGACCUUCUCACGAGAAGCUGGGCGUCGAGACAGUCAUCCGUCGGAAGCGGAUUCCAAUCCGGUACCGAGGUCAGGUGUACUUCGAACAGCUCGAAUACGCUCCAACAAAGGAGAUGGAGGCGCUUGCAGAGCAGAGCAAGAAGGGGCUGCAUCGAUGGAACGCCCCCUCCUCCACGGACGCACAAAGCGGAGCAGCGGGAACUGAGACCGCUGCACUUUCCAGCCAUUCCACCGCGACAGCAUCGCAGCCAUCGUCAAGUCAGUCCGCAGCCGGUGGAGGUGGCAAAAAGCGCAGGAAUUUGGCGCCUCGUCCAGAGGUCUCUGAUGAGCCAAAAGGUAGACCCUUGGCAGAUUUAGGACCUCAUUCUCGCAUCGGUUUCGUGCUCAAUGGAGAACCACAAGGAAUAGCUUUUGAUCAUCUCUUCGACUUUCGACCGCUGAAGCGCCCGACGACGAUGGCCCAAGAGGCAGCAGCAAAUGGGAAAAAGAAGACGAGUGGAGCGGCUUCAGGGGCGACAAAGCUCGGGCUAGCGGAUGCAGAGGAAGGUCAAGCCAUAAUCACGAGCAGUAGCAGCGUAGCUAGCAUAAUGAAGAGCCGGGAAAAUUACGCAGACGAUGGCGCUUUGGGUUACUUUCCCUUUGUCUCGUGCUAUGGUGGCGCAAGAGCGAAAAUCGUUGCAGAUCCUGAUCAUUGGGCAUUCCCACCCUCCAUCGACCUCGAAGCGCAAUUGGAGAUCGUGAGGCUUGGUCCCUUCGGAUCAAGGGUCGCAAGUGUCGAUCCCGGUGCAAAAGGCCCUAGUUCUGGUGGGCCUUGUUCUGGAUCUUUGCCCUCUUGGCAGGGUCUUUCUGCUCGCUACGGCGAGUACAUGGCCGAGCAGUGGGUGCUCGAUCAAUCUGAUGAGGUGCGCGCAGCUUCAAAAGCCGACGGCGCCAAAGAGGCCGCGCUUCGAGCGGAGCUGGAAGAGGACGCCAGGGAGAAAGCGGCGAGGGCGCGCAAGAACAAGCGCAAGUUCCCAGGCGUGGCGGGGAGGGAUAGGCACAAAAAGAAGAACCAAUACACUUCUGGCAAUCAAGGAAGGUCUGCCAGCGCACUCAGAAGAGCCUCAUCGAGUCGCUUUGACACUGCGAGCCCUUCUACUACCCCUGCGCCGCUUACGGCAGGACACGAUCAGACUCCGCCGCUGGAUCAGUACAACGAGUCACAAACGCCGGUCGACGGCGAAGCAGAGGAUGCUGCUAGCGGGAGCGAAAGCGUUAGUGGCCCGUACAUACACGAGGGCGGGCCAGGCAAUGAAUAA